AUGGACGGUGCAAAGGAUGAGGUUGCCGUUGCAGAGGCGCAGCCGCAACACCAGCGGCUGUCCACAUGGCGAUACAACUCGCCAUUCGUCCAGACCAUCAUCAUGGGUUUCGUCCUCUUCUGCAAUCCGGGCACAUAUCUCGCCAUCACGGGUCUCGGCGCAGGAGGCAAGCAGCCGCAGCUGAUUGGCAUCGUCAACCAGGCAAACGUCAUUCUCUACUGCUUGUUCGGCGCGUCGGGUAUUCUGGGCGGCAGCAUCAUCAACAAGAUUGGACCGCGAUGGGCACUGAUGAUUGGUGCCACGGGGUAUCCAAUGUACGCAGGAUCUCUAUGGUGGAUUGACAAGGGCCAAGGCAGCUGGUUUGUUCUGUUUGGCGGUACUUGGCUGGGUCUCUCCGCGGGUCUUCUCUGGUCUACUCAAGGUUACAUCACCACAUGCUAUCCUACCGAGGCCGAAAAGGGAAAAUACAUUGCGACGUCGUGGGUUCUCAAUGCAUCGGGCUCGAUUGUUGGAGCUGCCAUCGUUCUGGGAGUCACCGUCAACAACACCUCCGUCUCCGGAGUGCCCUCAUCCGUCUACACCGUCUUCAUCUGCCUCGAAUGCGCUGGUCUCCUGAUUGCUGGCUUGCUCCUGGACCCGUCAAAGAUCCGACGCAAUGACGGCCGCCCCAUUGCGUCGUUUACACCGCUUCCAUGGUAUCAGGAGCUCAAGGCACUUGGCAUGACUCUGCUGGAGCCCAAGAUGGCGCUCAUCACACUGUCCAUUUACAGCAGCGAGAUGUACCUGUCACUGACGGGAGCAUUCAAUGCGUGGUACUUUAAUGCCAGGACACGAUCCCUUGCCAACUUUUGCUACUGGAUCUUCCAAGUUCUGGGAGCCCUCGCCAUUGCAUGGAUCUGCGAUGCCAAGAUGUUUGGCUCACGUCGUCAACGAGCCUAUGUUGCCGGAGCCUUUGUCGCCGUCAUCAUUGGAGGAACCUGGAUCGCCAUGGUUUCGUUCCUCUCCGUCAACGACAUCGACCGCACCCUGACGCCCCGAGCGGUGGACUGGACCGAGACAUCAAAGUUUGCCGGACCCUUUGUCAUCUACAUCUUCUUUGGAGCCUGCUACCCCAUCUUCCAGAACUUCCACCACUGGACCUACAGCACCUUUUCCAACGAGCCGCACGUUUUGGCACGCUACAGCGGUUAUUUCAAGGGCUUCCAGGCAUUCGGCACCGCCACGGCGUUUGGAAUCGACACCCACAGCGUGCAGUUUAUCCGAGAGGCGGGCGCUUACUUUGGCAUGAUGAUUGUGGGCUUGUGUCUCACCAUGGUUGCCAUUUCUCUGUACACAACAGACACGCGGUACGGACAGGAGGAGGGCGUCGUGAUUCCCGAGGCGUUUGAUGAGGUGGUCGAAGUGCACCACGAACAGGUUCAGGAGCAAGUUCACGAAAAGGCUGUUGACCCGAGCGAGUCUGCAGGCUCACAAAAGGAGUAG